AUGGUUCUAAGUUGCCUGGCCCGCGUUUCGAGAUCCGAACACGCUUCCUUAUCUCUCGUAUCCAAGCGGCACCGAUCUCUAUUGACGACCCCUGAGUUGUACAAAUUCCGAACCCUUUUGGGAUGCACAGAAAACCUCAUUCAUCUAUGCUUACGCAUCCCUCCAGAUCCAAACCCAGGCUGGUUCACCCUCUCCCUAAAACCCCUUGAUCGGCGGCUGGUCCCAGUGCGGUCUUACUUCUACCAGCCUCUGGACGCAGCUUCCAUGGUGGCCCAUGGUUGCGGGAUCUACGUCAUGGGUGGAAGGAUAGGCGGAAGAGCUUCGUCCAGUGUCAUGUUCCUGGAUUGUCGAUUUCACACGUGGAGCACUCUCCCCUCCAUGGGGGUGCCUCGAUAUUCAGCUGCGUCUGGUGUGGUGGACGGGAAGAUAUACAUACUUGGAGGGUGUGAUGACCGUGACUCCAGCAGGUGGGGAGAGGUUUUCGACCCAAAGAAGUAG